CGGUCUCUCCGCACCCCGCGCCCCCCCGACAUGGCGGAGCCCGGCCGCCGAGUGCACGCAUUAAGGUGCUUGUGCCGCUUUCGGCCCCUGAACCAAGCGAGAUCGCGGGGCGAUCGCUUCCUGCCGUUGUAUCCCUGGCGAUAGACAGGCGUGGUGGUUGGGGGCAAACCCUACGUCUUCGACCGCGUCUUCCCCCCCAACACCACGCAGGAGCAGGUGUACCGCGCCUGCGCCAUGCAGAUCGUCAAGGGUGAGGGGGGCCCCCCCACACACUGGGGGGCGCUGGGGGGCACUGGGUGGAUACCGGGAGGCACUUGGAGCCCCCAGUUCUGGGGUGUCACCACCAUCCCCCUUACAGUGACCAAGACCAACCUGUCGGUGCAUGAGGACAAGAACCGCGUCCCCUACGUCAAGGGCUGCACGGAGCGCUUCGUCUCCAGCCCCGAAGAGAUCCUGGAUGUCAUCGAUGAAGGGAAAGCGAACCGCCAUGUGGCUGUUACAAACAUGAACGAGCACAGCUCCCGCAGCCACAGCAUCUUCCUCAUCAACAUCAAGCAGGAGAACGUGGAGACGGAGCAGAAGCUCAGUGGGAAGCUCUACCUGGUCGACCUCGCCGGGAGCGAGAAGGUUAGCAAAACUGGGGCGGAAGGUGCUGUGCUGGAUGAGGCUAAGAACAUCAACAAGUCGCUGUCGGCGCUGGGCAACGUCAUCUCGGCGCUGGCGGAGGGCACGAAGGCGUAUGUGCCGUACCGGGACAGCAAGAUGACGCGCAUCCUGCAGGACUCGCUGGGGGGGAACUGCCGCACCACCAUGUUCAUCUGCUGCUCCCCCUCCAGCUACAACGACGCCGAGACCAAAUCCACGCUCAUGUUCGGGCAGCGGGCAAAGACCAUCAAGAACAGCGCGUCCGUCAACCUGGAGCUGACGGCGGAGCAGUGGAAGAAGAAAUACGAGAAGGAGAAGGAGAAGAACAAAGCGCUGAAGGAAACCAUCGCCCGCCUGGAAGCGGAGCUGAGCCGAUGGCGCAGCGGGGAGGCUGUGCCUGAAACGGAGCAGCUGAGCGGGACGGAGACGGAGACGGAGAGCGGAGGGGGAGAGGGGCCGCGCCGGGGGGGGCCGGGCGGUGAACCCCCCCGCACCGACAACGACAACAGCUCCUCCAUCGUCAUCCACAUCUCUGAGGAGGAGCGGCACAAAUACGAGGAGGAGAUCCGCAAACUGUACAAGCAGCUGGACGAUAAGGACGAUGAGAUCAACCAGCAGAGCCAGCUGAUGGAGAAGCUCAAGCAACAGAUGCUGGACCAGGAGGAGGUGCUGGCGGCAGCACGGGGGGGCGGCGAGGCGGCGCGGCGGGAGCUGGCAGCGCUGCGGGCUGAGCACGGCGCCGCACGGGCCGAGGUGGCGGAGGUGCUGGCGGCGCUGGAGGAGCUGGCGCGGAGUUACGACCGGAAAGCGCAGGAGGCGGAGGACACCGGGAGACACAACCGGCACCUGGCGGAUGAGCUGGCGAGAACCGAGGCGACAACGUUGUCACUGGAGACGGAGCUGCAGCGAGUGCGGGACCUGGGCGGGCAGCAGCGCAAAAGGGCGGCCGAGGUUCUGAACGGGCUGAUGAGGGAACUGAGCGAGUUCAGCGUCAUCGUGGGCAACGGGGAGAUCAAACUGCCGGUGGAGGUGAGCGGCGCCAUCGAGGAGGAGUUCGCGGUGGCGCGGUUGUACAUCAGCAAGAUCAAGUCGGAGGUGAAGUCGGUGGUGAAGCGCUGCCGGCAGCUGGAGGGGCUGCAGGUCGAGUGUCACCGCAAACUGGAGGUGACGGGCCGCGAGUUGUCCUCCUGCCAGCUGCUCAUCUCACAGCACGAGGCCAAGAUCCGCUCGCUGACCGAAUACAUGCAGAGCGUGGAGGGCAAAAAGCGGCACCUGGAGGAGAGCUACGAUGCGCUGAGCGAGGAGCUGGCGCGGCUGCGGGCACAGGAGACGGCGCACGAGGCAGCACGGAAAGAGCACGACGAGACCCCGGAGAACGAUGAGGUCAAGAAAGCGCUGGAGCUGCAGCUGGAGAGUCACCGCGAGGCGCAGCACAAACAGCUGGCGCGGCUGCGAGACGAGAUCAACGAGAAGCAGCGAACGAUCGAUGAGCUGCGAGACCUGACGCAGAAGCUGCAGUUGGAGCUGGAGAAGCUGCGCGCGGAGCACGAGGCGCUGCGGGGCGAGGAGCGCGCCAAGGCUGCGCGGCUGCAGGAGCUGACAUUUCUCCAUGAGCGCCACGAGCAAUCCAAGCAGGACCUCAAGGGGCUGGAGGAGACCGUGGCCCGUGAACUCCAGACCCUCCACAACCUGCGCAAGCUGUUUGUUCAAGACGUCACGACUCGAGUCAAAAAAGUGAGGGGGGGGCAAAAAUAA